AUGUCAAACUCUCUAGCCAUCACUCCCCGUAAGAAUUUCGUAUUCAAGAACUGGGCAGGCAUCUACUCGGCGAAGUCCCAGCUAUAUUUUCAGCCAACGUCAAUAGAAGAAGUUGUAGACAUCGUAAAUGCGGCCAGGGCGCAAAAUAAGACCAUCGUAACAGUGGGAUCUGGCCAUUCGCCAAGCGAUAUGUGCAUUACAAAUGAGUGGCUGAUGAAUUUAGAUAAAUUGAACAAAGUUAAGGAAUUCACGGAAUAUCCAGAAGAAAAUUACGCUGAUGUAACUGCUGAUGCAGGUUUACGAGUCUAUCAAUUGGGUGAUUAUUUGACUGAAAGGGGAUAUGCUAUUCAAAAUUUGGGGUCGAUCUCCGAGCAGAGUCUUGCCGGUAUUAUCUCUACGGGUACUCAUGGUUCAUCUCCGUAUCACGGUUUAGUUUCUUCCCAAUAUGUUAACUUGACUAUUGUCAAUGGUAAAGGGGAGGUUGUAUUUUUAGACUCUGAGCACAAUCCCGAAACUUUCAGAGCUGCGAUGCUUUCACUUGGAAAGAUAGGUAUCAUUGUACGUGUGACGAUUCGUGUUGUUCCAUCCUUUAAUAUCAGAUCUACACAGGAAGUUAUUCAUUUUGAGACAUUGCUAAAACAGUGGGAUAGUGUUUGGACAUCCUCUGAGUUUAUCAGAGUAUGGUGGUAUCCAUAUUCAAGAAAAUGUGUUUUGUGGAGAGGCGUCAAAACCAGCGAUCCCGUUACGCCGCCAAGAAGAUCUUGGUGGGGGAUGCCUCCUUUUAGAUAUAGCUACGAGUUUUUGCUAUGGAUAUCCACUAAGAUUUAUCCUGCGUUGACACCUGUUAUUGAAAGAUUUAUCUUCCAUAGACAAUAUGGUAAAGUGGAAACUUUAGGUAAGGGAGAUGAGGCUGUUUCAACUUCUAUCGAUGGACUAAAUAUGGACUGCCUCUUCUCGCAGUUUGUAGAUGAGUGGUCUUGCCCACUUGAUAAUGGUAUCGAGGUUCUUCGUUCUCUGGAUCAUUCAAUCACCCAAGCCGGUCAAAAUAAAGAAUUUUAUGUUCACGUACCUGUCGAAGUUCGCUGCUCGAAUACCACACUCCCAGAAAAAAAACUAUUUACGAGUGACAGAACCAAAACAAGUCCAGGUCCAGUUUACGGUAACAUGUUGCGUCCAUACCUAGACAACACUCCUUCUACUUGCAGAUAUGCACCCCUCUCUGAUAUUACCAACAGUCAACUGACACUUUACAUCAAUGCCACAAUGUACAGACCUUUUGGAACAAACUCUCCAAUCCAUAAAUGGUUUACCUUAUUCGAAAAUACCAUGGAUGCUGCUGGCGGUAAGCCUCAUUGGGCUAAGAACUUUCUGGGCUCAACCUCACUAGUGCCUCACCCAACUAAACAAGAAUCUGAAUACGGGGACUAUGAAAUGAGAGGUAUGGCUAAAAAAAUUGAGGCGUGGUACGGUGAUGAUUUGAAGAGUUUCAAAAAAAUCAGGAACGAACAAGAUCCAGAAAAUAUUUUUGUUGCAAACAAGGAUUGGGCUGUCAGGAAUGGUAUUAUCGAUGACAAAGAUGUAAACUGA